GCACAGUUCUGGGAGAAGGAAGGCAGGCGUGUUCAGCAUGAACUGAAUAAAGCUUUAGAACGGUGCGAAGACUUAGAAUUUCAGCUGAUGGAAAUGGAACAAGAACAUGACGAUAAACAGAGCUCAACAUGUGAGGCCAGUACCCAGCAGCAGUCUCUGUCAGAGUACCAUGAGCAGUUGGAAAGGUUAGCUGAGAUUGAUCACCAGCAGCACGUGGCAGUGCAGCAGAUGGAGCAGCUACGCAGGGAUUUGGUCAGUUUGCUGAAGGGCAAGGGAAGGGAAGGAGAUGCAGUGCUCAAGACACUUGACAAGAUCACAGAGGAAGAAAGGAGGAGAGCACAAUCUCUUGAGAGCAUUGCAGGAGAGCUGCAGAUGAAAGUAAUUUCCCUGCAGAAAGAAAAGGAUGCCCUCUAUGACCAAAUCAACUUCAUGGGACAAAACCCAGGCAAGGGACACCAGUCAGCCGCAAUGUCGAUUGCUAGAGAGCGACAGGAAAACCUUGAGUUAAAGGUUGACUUUCUUCAGAAAGCUGAAGCAGCUUCUUCAAAGAGAAUUGAUGAAUUGGAGGCCAUUGAAAAAGAACUCAGAGAACAGCUAGAGCUCAAGACAGACUCCACAACUAGCUGUCAACGAGAACUGCAUAAAAUUCAAGAGCUGAGACACCAGCUCACUUUUCUGGAAACAGACAACAAAGCAUUAUCAGCCCGGGUUGCAGAACUGGAGGAAAAUGAGGAAAUAUUGAGAGAAAAUUGGAGAAGAGUUGCUGAUGAGGAUUUUAACAGAACACAGUGUCUUGAAGAAAAGGUGAAAAUGUUGGAAUCAGUGAACAGGGAUCUGAAGUCCAAGCUGGCAGAUGCACAAGAGUACUUUGUUAUCAACACCUUACCAUCCGAGCACUCGUUGGCUGCAGAGCUGGCCCAGUCACACUCUAGAGCUCCUCGUCGAGCUCAGACAUUUGAUGAUGAUGAUUAUUUCAAUGAUGAUGGGAAUAGUGUUGAUGGCCAGGAUGGAGAUGACUCAGACAGUACAGAAGCAUCACAAGCAGAUACCGAGAAGAAAACCUUGAGGGAUAAAUUAAAACUGCUUGAAAGGCAGUUGAGUGAUGUGGCUGAAGAGAAGAACACAAAAAUUGAGUCUCUGCAGGAAAAAAUUGUUAGCCUGAAGGAGAAUGAGAUUAAGCUCAGUGAAACUAUAGCAGAACUAGAGAUGAUAGAGAGAGAACUGAGGAUCACUGUAGAGAAGAUGCUGAAAUACCAGAGCAGAAUUGAGGAAUUAAGAACAUCUCAAGAAUCUCUGCUGGACCAGAUAGAGAGCAUGGAGAAUCAGGGGAUGACCUUGCAGGAAAAAAUGCAAGAAAUGGAGAGAACCUUACGCGGGAAGAUUGUAACCUUAGAGGUUGAAAUGAAAGGCUUUAAGCAAAAGGAGCUGAAAGAUGCAGCAAGAAUCAGAGAGCUAGAGAAACAAGAGAAAGAACUGUCAGAGAAAGUUGCUAAGCAAGCAGAGAAGGAAAAUGGCCUGUAUGUGAAGAUAUCUUCCCUGAUGGAUGAAAACAAAAAGACAAAAGAAGAAUUGAAUGCAGUCAAAUCAGCUACACUGGAAAAAGAGGAUAAGGUGCGCAAGGCAAAUCUGAUGGAGGUUCGAUAUAUGGAAAAAGAGAUGGAAAGCGGAAAAAAGAUUUCAUCACUUAGCACAAAGUUACGUCACAAAGAAGAGGAACUACGUCAAAAAGAAGCUGCUCAUCAGGAAGAAGUGGCAGUUUUACAGAAGGAGCUUUCAAAUAGAAAUGCAGAAGAAUCUCAGCAAUGUGCAGCAUUAGAAAAAUCGUUUGCUCAGAAGGAGAAAGAUCUGCAAGCUACUAUUGCUUCUUUAGGUGAAGAUUUGAAAGCUGUGAUUGAUGAAAGGGAUGAAUGUCUCCGUCAGAUACAAGAAUUAACAGACAGAAACACAGAUCUGAAGGAUAAAGAUGGUGAAUAUGGCAAGGAGUUGGACAUUCUCAGAUGGGAAGUUGCAUCUAUCAAAAUUUCUGAACAGGAAUAUGAGGAGAAAAUCAGACAUUUGCAAGCAAAUCUUGAAGCAGAGAAAAAGAAAAGUGAAGAAGCAGAAAACAAAGUGAUCUCUUUAGAGAAAGAGUUGGCAAGAGAGAAGAAAAAUGUGAAAAUCAUCGAGGAUAAGAUUAUAAAUGUGAAAAGUGAUAUUGGUGAGAAAAUGAAAAACAUUGAGUUGAGUUUUGUGGAGAAGGAGAGUGAGUAUGAAAAACAAAAGCUUUCAUUGCAGGAAGAGUUGAGACUGAAAGAUGAGAAAGUAAGAGAAUUGGAGAAAGAGUUGCAAAUGAAACAACAGUAUAUAAGUCAACUUGAGGCAGAGUGUGAUGAACUCAAAUCAAAGGCAGCAUUUAAUGACAGUGAGACAAUGGAGAAAAUUGCAGACUUUGGGAAAAUGUUGGUGGAAAAGAAUGAAAGCAUUCAAGAACUGCAGAAUUGUCUAAUUGACAAGGAAAGUGGCUACAAGGAACAAAUGCAUUUUUGGGAAACUGAAUGUACUGCCCUGAAAGAAGAAAUUUCAGAAAAAAAUAAAGUGAUUGAGGAACUCAAGCAGAGGUGUCAGUUGAAAGAAAAUGAACUCUCAUCUUUAACAACAGAUCAAACAGCAGUUGAAAAUGAUCUGAAAACAAGACUGUCAUUUUUAAAUACUCAAUUGUUACAUGAAACAGCCUCAAGGGAAUCUAUUCAGUCUUCUUUAGAGCAAGCUUUAAUUCGAGAAGAGAUGUUAUCUUCUGAAAUAGAAGAACUGAAAAAGGAAACAGAACAGCUCAGACGACAAUUGUUAGAAAAAAUCUCAGAACUGGAAAACAUAAAUAAUGAAAAUUGUAAACUUGCUCUUGAAUUAAACAACAUCCAAGACAUGUCAAAACAAGCUGACUACACAUUUCAAAUUCAGAAAGCUGAGCAGGACAAAUCAGCAGAGAAACUAAGACAGGAACUUGACAUUGCAUUGAAAACAAUUCAACAGUUACAGCUGGAAAUGUCUCAGAAAGACACUUUAAUUGAAAACUUUCACAUGGAUCAAGAAAAGUUUCAGAAAGAGAAACAAGAACAGAUUGAAUUACUAAUGGAAGAAAAGCAAACCCUGUUUCAGGAACAUAUGCAAAAAAGUGAAUUUUUAGUGCAGAAGAGUGAACGUGAAAGUCAAAAUAAAGAAGAACUUGUGAGACUGGCAAAAGAGUUGGAGGAAAAGAAUGUUUUGUUAGAAAAACAGAUUUCAGGGAGAAAUGAAAUGGAUGCUCAGAUUCAGUCUUUGCACUCUCAGAUUCAAAUCUUGAAAGACAAAGUGGAAACUUUGUCCCAGAAACUUGUUUUGAAGACUUCAGAAGCUGUAGGCUACCAAGAGGAGAUACACAAAUUGCAAGAAGAAAGAGAUAAAAAAUCUUCAGAAGUUGAACUCCUAGAAAAACAAAUUGCAGAACAGCGUCAGGAGAUUGAAAAGCGAUGCUAUGAACAAAAAGACAGUGAGACUCUGAUCUCUUCGAAGCAGCAAGAACUUGAACAAGCCAAGACAGAACUUCAGAAAUGUUUGCAAGAUAUUGAGGAAUACAAGAAUACAGUUCAGCUGAAAGAGAAUGAAUUCACACAGCAAGAUCAGAUGUGUAGACAAAUGUCUGUAAGUCUGGAAGAGCUGAAUGUACAGUACAAAAAGCAGAAUUCAGAGUACAAGCAAUUGGAAUCCAAAGUGACCAAUGCAGAACUCAGACUUUUAGAUGCUGAGAACAGGUACAGACAGCUGGAAGCAAAGUGUGCUAGCUUAGAAUGCAGCUUCAGGAAAGUUUUGCACAAACACAGCAUGCAGAAAAAGUGA